GUGGCGAGUUAGGAACGGCAGGCGGCUUGGAAGAGGACCGAGGACUCGUCUUGAAACCGCGAUAGUUUAUAAUGCGUUGGCGUGGCCUGUAACUCUGUUCUCAUAGCAAGCACACUUUUAAUUUGCAUUGUGUGUUUGUUUGAAGGGCUGGUGAGGCUUACGGAGGCUGAAGUCCUCCCAAAGCCACUCGGAUGGAGGGAGUGGCAAGAUGCUCUUAAGGAGUCGGAGAGAAGAGGCAGCAGCGGUGGACUCGAAUGAAAUGGAUGACGUGCCCUUCUUUGAUAGCCAACUGCCUUACGAAGUGGCAAUCAAUAUAUUUCAGUAUCUGGACAGGAAAGAACUAGGAAGGUGCGCACAGGUGAGCAAGACGUGGAAGGUGAUUGCAGAAGAUGAAGUUCUCUGGUACAGGCUCUGCCAGCAGGAAGGGCACCUUCCUGAGAGCAACAUCUCCGAUUAUUCUUGCUGGAAGCUCAUUUUCCAAGAGUGCCAAGCUAAGGAACACAUUUUAAGAACCAACUGGAAGAAUCGCAAAGGUGCUGUGAGUGAGCUGGAGCAUAUUCCUGACGAGGCUUUAUGUGGUGCACAUUCUCACGAUGGCCUUGUCAUAGCUGGAUAUACAUCAGGGGACGUGAGGGUGUGGGACACCCGCACCUGGGACUACAUAGCCCCCUUCCUGGAAUCAGAGGAGGAUGGGCCUGGAGUGCGGCCACAUGUCUCCUUUGUGAGGAUAAACAGCUCGCUGGCGGUAGCAGCUUAUCAGAAUGGAUUUCUUAAUAUUUGGGAUCUAAGGACUGGAAAGUAUCCUAUUCAUCAUUUUGAGCAUGAAGAAAGAAUACAAGCACUAGCCCUCAGCCAGGAAGAUGCAACUGUUGCCACAGCUUCUGCUUUUGAUGUCAUAAUGUUAUGCCCCAAUGAGGAGGGAUAUUGGCAAAUAGCUGCAGAAUUUGAAGUUCAGAAACUGGUUGACUGCCUUGAAAUAGUUCCAGAUACUGGAAGGUACCCUGUGGCAGUAGCCACUGCUGAAGAUCUGGUAUACCUGCUAAAAGCUGAAGACUCUGCCACAACCCUCUAUUCCGGCCGUGGCCAUCCUGUCACAUGUCUAGAUGUCUCAGCCAACCAGGCUGCUUUUGGAGUGAAGUUUCUGGCAUGGUUGUAUGAAGGAAACAAGAUCAUGCUGUAUAGCCUGGAAGCAGAACGCUGCCUCGCGAAGCUGGGCAACUCGCUUGGCCACUUCACCUGUGUCAACCUCCGGGACAGUCCUCCCAAUCUCAUGGUCAGUGGCAACAUGGACAGGAGAGUGAGGAUCCACGACCUCCGCACUGACACGAUCGCCCUGUCCAUCCCUGCCCACCAGCUCGGAGUCUCUGCAGUCCAGAUGGAUGACUGGAAAGUCAUCAGCGGGGGCGAGGAUGGCCUGGUCUCUGUGUGGGAUUAUCGAAUGAACCAGAAGCUGUGGGAGGUGCAUUCCAGACACCCUGUGCGGCAUAUCUCCUUCAACAGCCACAGCCUGAUCACGGCCCACGUGCCCUACGAGAGUGUGGCGCGCGACCCUGACCUGGACCACUUCACUACGCACAGGAGACACCAGGGGCUGAUCCAGGCCUAUGAGUUUGCAGUGGACAAGUUGGCCUUUGAGAGCACCGUUCCCCUCUGCCGCUCAUGCUGUGACACCAUGCCGGGUUACAACUAUGACCUUGCACUUGCUUUCCCCUAAGAUGGUAUUUAAGGAAUCGCCUCAUUUGGGAGUAGGAAGAAACAUGGCAAGAGCCGAUUCUGUGCAUUUUAGAACUGCAGAGGAGGCCGGCAGCAGGUUUAAGUUGGGGGGGGGGGUAGAAGCGCAACCCCAGGGUGGCACGUGUGACCCCACACAUUCCUCUCCUGCCUUUGCUUUUCUCCUCUGCCAGCUUGGCUCCAGCUGCAUUUGUCAGGACUCACUCCGUCUUACUCUGUUCUCUCUUGUGGGUACAGCACCCUGAUGACUCAAAUGUAUAUAUACCUCCUUCCCACCCCCUCCUCCACCGCAGCCCUCCAUCUGCUCCCUGCCUAUCCCAGGGGGCCCCCUGGCCCAAGCUGGGGGUCUCCCCACAUGGUUCUGUACACACAGGCCCUUGCUCCAGCUCUCAGAUAAGACCCUUCUGCACCCUACUCCAGCCCCGCCGGCCCUCUUUCUGGUCUCCAGACCCUUUCUCCUUUGGCGGCCUUUGGACAUGCUGGUCUCUGAGACUACAAGGCCCCAACACCCACCCAGCCCUUGGAUCUAAGAAUUCACUCCAGCCAUCUUCUCUGACAGCACCCUAACCCCCACCAGCCAGAAUAAACCUGGGAGAGCAGUACUUUUUCCUCAGAGCUUUUACCACAGUUUAUAAUUAUAUAUUUAUACAAUUACUUCAUUAAUAACUGUUUUGCUUACUAUUGUCUAUAACAUGUGAUACAAAGUCGACAUUUUCCAUAUAUCUGUUGAAUAAACAACCGUACUCCUUG